AUGCUCCGUACCCGCCAGGCCAGCCGAGCCGUCAAGGCUCUGGCUCAAAACUCGCGAUUCCAACAGCGGUCUUUCAGCACCUCGCCGGCGACUGCUGCUGCCAAGCUCACUCACAAGACUCCCGCUGGUACCAGGAAUCAGGCCACGUCGGCAACCUCUUCUCCCGUAGCAAGAGAAUCGCCCUCAAAGGCCUUUAACACGGCAGAUGCCAAGUCGCAAGGCCAUGUGCAACCUCUGGUCAACCCCAGACAACCAGAGAUGGAUGAGUCGUUCAUUGGCAAGACUGGUGGUGAAAUCUUCCACGAAAUGAUGCUGAGGCAAGGUGUCAAGCACAUCUUCGGAUAUCCUGGUGGUGCCAUUCUGCCCGUCUUCGACGCCAUCUACAACUCGAAACAUUUCGAUUUCAUCCUCCCGAAACACGAGCAAGGUGCUGGACACAUGGCUGAGGGUUACGCCAGAGCAUCUGGCAAGCCUGGUGUCGUUCUCGUCACCUCUGGCCCAGGUGCCACCAACGUCAUUACCCCCAUGCAGGAUGCCCUGUCUGACGGUACUCCCAUGGUUGUCUUCACCGGUCAGGUCGUCACCAGCGCCAUCGGUAGCGAUGCUUUCCAGGAGGCUGAUGUUAUUGGUAUCUCGAGAGCCUGCACCAAGUGGAACGUCAUGGUCAAGAACGUUGCCGAGCUUCCCCGGAGAAUCAACGAGGCUUUCGAGAUUGCCACCAGCGGUCGUCCCGGUCCCGUCCUGGUUGACCUGCCCAAGGAUGUCACCGCCGCCGUCUUGAGGAGAGCUAUCCCCACCGAGUCUGCUCUCCCCGCCCUUCCCAGCGCCGCCUCGCGCGCUGCCAUGGAGGUCACCCGCCGACAGAAUGCCGAGUCGAUUCGUCGCGUUGCCAACUUGAUCAACAACGCCAAGCAGCCCGUCAUCUAUGCUGGUCAGGGUAUCAUCUCCUCGCCCGAUGGCCCUGCUCUUCUCAAGGAGCUGGCUGACAAGUCGUCCAUUCCCGUCACAACCACCCUCCACGGCCUAGGUGCAUUUGACGAGCUCGACGAAAAGUCUCUGCACAUGCUGGGUAUGCACGGUUCCGCCUACGCCAACAUGGCUGUCCAGGAGGCCGACCUGAUCAUUGCCCUUGGAGGACGAUUCGACGACCGCGUCACUCUGAACAUUAACAAGUUUGCUCCUGGUGCCAAGGCCGCUGCUGCCGAGGGCCGCGGAGGUAUCGUCCACUUUGAGAUUAUGCCCAAGAACAUCAACAAGGUUGUUCAAGCCACCGAGGCCGUCGAGGGUGAUGUCUCCACCAACCUUAUUCAGCUCCUGCCCCAGGUUGAGAAGAAGGCCAUCUCGGAUCGUCAGGCAUGGUUCGAUAAGAUCAACGCCUGGAAGACUAAGUGGCCCCUUGGUGAUUACGAGAAGGCUGAGAGAGCCGGACUUAUCAAGCCCCAGACCCUCAUUGAGGAGCUCAGCAACCUGACCAACGACCGCAAGCACGAGACUAUUAUCUCAACUGGUGUCGGCCAGCACCAGAUGUGGACCGCCCAGCACUUCAGAUGGCGUCACCCCCGAACCAUGGUCACCUCCGGAGGUCUGGGAACCAUGGGUUACGGUCUGCCUGCUGCCAUUGGUGCCAAGGUUGCCCGUCCUGAUGCUCUCGUCAUUGACAUUGACGGUGAUGCCUCUUUCAACAUGACUCUGACCGAGCUGAGCACAGCAGCACAGUUCAACAUUGGCGUCAAGGUCAUUGUCCUGAACAAUGAGGAGCAGGGUAUGGUCACGCAAUGGCAGAACCUGUUCUACGAGGACCGCUACGCACACACUCACCAGAAGAACCCCGACUUCAUGAAGCUGGCUGAUGCUAUGGGCAUCCAGCACCGGAGACUCAUCAAGCCCGACGACACUGUCGAUGCCCUGAAGUGGCUCAUUGAGUCUGAUGGCCCCGCCCUGCUCGAGGUCAUCACCGACAAGAAGGUUCCCGUCCUGCCCAUGGUGCCCGCCGGCUGCGGUCUGCACGAGUUCUUGGUGUGGGACAGCGAGAAGGACAAGAAGCGAAGAGUGAUGAUGCGGGAGAGAACCGGUGGCCUCCACGGCUAA